AUGCAUUUCUCAGCUGCCACUGCUCUCUCCAUCCUGGCUCUCGCCUCUUCUGUGUUUGCCGGUCCCCUUGGCCAGUCCAGUCGUGACAGUGGGGAUGAUAACAACACCGAUAUCAACAUCUUCCCCAGCAAAGACCAUUAUAACGACUAUGCCAUCUGCAAGGGAAGGGUCACCAAGGAUAUGUUCCCUCAGCUCCAGGCUCCAUCCAACGAAGGUGGCUGCGUUAGAUACUUCCCUGCGAUUGACAUCACUGGUGUCGUAACCAUGGUCAACCUCUACGCUAAAGAUGGCAUUAAAUCUGCCUGUGACUGCGCAAUUGCCUGUCUGGAUGAUCCAACCACCUGCACAAAUUGGGUCUUCAAGCACACUUUCGCCGGCGCUGCCAUCGACAAUAAUCAGCGCAGUUGUACACUAUACUCAAGUCCAAACCUUCCCAUGGGUGUUACUCUCGACUACAACCUUGGCCAGAGUGUUGGCUUCGGCUUUGUUAACAUGAACGCUCAACAGGGCGCUGAUGCUCCUCUCACAUUCUUGGAUGCCAACAGCACGAUGGUAGACAAAUAUGGGGUCUCCGGCUUCGCUGUCCGCGAUACCAAUCAGCGCCAAUACUGCUAG